GGUCACAUGCGCGUGUUUGUGUGUUAGUUUCACUUCCGCAUUACGCUGUUGUAUGUAGCCUGUUAGCAUCUUUAAAAAAAAUCACACUUCCACACACCCUGAAAGAAAAACCGUUAACUCUCCUGGACAAAAAUAGCAGCGUCGGCUUAGCUUUCUGAAAUACACUGAGAUUUGAUUUAUAUUGUUUGCAAGACGCAAAUGCAGUUCGAUGCUAAUUAAGUGAACCAGGAAGCGACGUUAGCUCGAGGAAGCUCAUUGCAACUUAUUCUGGCUACAAUUUAAACUGCUACCUCGUAUUAAACAGGAAACAAACGGAUCUCCCCACUUAUUUACAGCAAAUAAAGCCAUGAAGCUGUACAGAAUUCCCAGACAAGGUUGCGUCUUGUUGUGGGCCCUUUUGACCCAGCUGGCGCUGUGUAGAAGCGGUGUGUUCGCCGGGGAUGGCACCAAGGCCUGCAAACUGUCCGCUGAAACUCAGUCUGAAAGGGAUGUCCUUAAUCGGCUAGAACCACUGGCCCACAAGAACUUUACAAAGGAAAUCAAAGACAAGGAGGAGAGCUACACAUACGUGUUCCAGCUAUGUGGAGAUGCAUGGGGUGUUCCUGGAGCCGGGGUCAUUCAAUGGGACUCAAAGGCAAAGGAGAAACUCACAGUGAUUGGCGUGUAUAACUCCACCCAGGCCAUUGGAGGCAGUGACUGGGUGAUGCUGAUCUAUCGUAAUGGUGAUGCGUAUGACUCCCACUGCAACAACGAAGCCAGAAAGGCCAUUAUCAUGAUCUCCUGCAGCGAAAACAAAGAUGUGGGUGAGUUGGAAGUGAUUCUUGAAGACAGGGAGAGGCAGAAUGAUUGCUUUUACCUCUUCGAGUUGGACUCCAGUGCAGUGUGUCCUCCUGUUCAAUCCCGGCUCAGCGCUGGCUCCAUAAUACUCAUCAUCGGUUUCUGCCUUGUGGCUGUUUACCUCUUUGGAGGUUUCCUCUACCAGCGACUCAUUGUUGGGGCCAAAGGAAUUGAGCAGUUCCCAAAUUAUGCUUUUUGGGUCGAAGUUGGGAACCUUACAGCGGAUGGCUGCGACUUUGUGUGCCGCUCAAGAAACCGAGAGGAAGCUCCAGCAUACAGAGGAGUGACCACUGAUGCUUUAGAGGAAGAGCCGGAAGAGAGAGAUGACCACUUACUACCUAUGUGACCAUAGUAUCUCAGAAACAUGACAGACGUUCUCAUUGUGUGACACGGGUUACGCUUUGAAAGCUUAGAUAAAGCUACUGGUGCACACAAGUGUGUUUUCUUUGCCUGGAUUAAGUCAGUCCCAUGUUGAAACCUUGCUUGUGUUCUAGACUUGUGCCUCCAAGAAGGACGUUUUUUUUCCUGAAAGGCAGAAGGCUUUCCUACUCAAAACAUUUCAGCUUUGAGUGUACAUCACCCAAAGUACUGAUUUACACAACAUUAGAAAGAAAAAACAAUGACUCUUCCAUUGAAAUCUGACAGAAACGGGAAGACAUUAAUUUAUGUGUGACUCAAAUUCAGUGGUGUAUUAUUAUGUUUCUGCUUAAAUGAUGACGGUCGUUUUACAAUUGCGCAGACAGCACUGAGCUGUUUUCUGCUUUGGUAAUGCUUGCUGCAAGCUACACAAGAUAAGUGCUCAUGCUUGUGUAAACGACUAGUUUGACCGAAUUGUGAAUGUAACUUUUCAGCUGUAAGUACAGUGGCCGUACAUACAGCCUUGCUGCACACAUAGAGAGCAGUGCAAAAACCAAAGCUUAUGCAAAUUUACUAGUGUGUUUUAUACUUUAUUUUUUCCUCCCCCAAAAGUAGGCCAAAAAGUUUCUACAUUAGUUCAUAUAUUUUGUUCAUAUGUUAUUGAAGCUGUCAGGUAAAAGUGACACAUUUUGAAACUAAAAGGUCAAACAGGUGUAAAGACUCAUUAUUGAAAUAAAAAACUUUAUUGUUUUCCAACUUGGACAAUUAAAUGGCUUAUACAGCACCAACCACAAUCAUUCUCACCCCUGAUAAAGAUGUGCUAAAAAAAAACUUCUCCUUUAUUACAGUGACAUAAUCCUAGAAAAUCCAGCACUUUAUUUGAGUGCAUUUAUUCAGUUAAGAAAUAGUUGUUUUUAACUUAUUCACCAGUGGCACAGUGAGGGGUAACCAUGAAAGUUUCUGUUGAAUAAAAGCAACUGAAGCAAUUGUAUUAAUGUAUGCGUUGCUUUUAAAAAUUGAUAACAUUUUAUUUAGAAAUAUAUUACUUUCUAUUUCCUAUGGCUAUAAAUAUAACUCAUAAAAUGGCUGUGCGAGGAUCCAUGUUAUUUAUCUUGUAGCCGCACACAGUCAGGUGAUUGAUAAGGAAGGUGGAAGAAUUUCCAAAGGUCACUCUUGAAGGACUGUGCCACACAGUAGGGUCGAAGGGUCCCUAAGUUUCCUGAACAACCAUUAGAAGAGAAAAAGCCUUUUUUGUCCUACCGUCAAAAAUAUAAACAUGGAUUUUGCAGAUCUUGUAGGGGGACCUUAGCUGGAACUGUUUGUUUUAGUCAGAUUAGAGUAAGAUUAAACACUCCAGAUAGGCUCUAAAUAAAAUUGGAUUAAUAUUUGGAAAAAACACUUCAUGCCCACUAUUAAGUUUGGUGAUGGAGCUGUGAUGCUGUGGGCCUGAUAUGGUUCAGUUGUACCAUUCACCGUAUUAGAGUGCAUGGUAUCAUGGACUCUUUGAAAUGCAAUUGCACUUUCAAUAAAAAUCUGAUGGCUAAAAAUAGGCUGUCUCUCGCAGCAUUCUCCCAGCAGCAACACAAAGAGGCGCCUACUCAGCACAUGGGGGUGCCGACUCCCCAUUGUCAGCACAUGCAGGAAAGCAAAAAACUUGUUCAGGCCACAACUGACAGAUAAGUUAUAUGUAUUCAUUUAUAAAAAAAUUUUUACUUCGAGCAUUUUGAACAUUACAAGAAAACAUAAGAAAAAGAAUUGACAGUUGUAAAUAUAUACAACAACCAUAAUAAUAAAAGAUUAAAAGAAUUAACAAAAUUUUAGAUUGAAAAGAAGCAGAAGAAAGCUAACUAUAUAUUAUCUGGUGCCCCUGCAGCCCCUUGCCUCAUGCGGCCAUAGGCAAAUGCUUAUAUGACUUGUAUCAAAAACUGCCACUGAUAUUGAUGAAGGUUUUGGCCAAAACAACACACAAAUGGUCCACCAGAUGUAAAAUGAACCUUAUUCCUUGGCCAUCUCAGGUUCUAUACCUAAAUCUUUUAGAAAACCUGUGGGAGAGUUGAAAAGCUAAAAGAAAGAACAGAGGAAUCCUCCCUCUGUAUGUGCCAGUUUUGUGAAAUGUUAGAAGAGAAGAAUUUCAAUUGGCAAAUUGUACAAAGUAUUCACAGCAGGAGUACUGGUGAUUUGUUAAAAAAUAAUCUAUAAAGUGAGAUUUUCCCCACUUAAAUGUAGUUGGAUUAUUGAAGGCUAUUCUGCAUUUUUUUAUGUGAGAUUGUGCUACUGCAAUAAAACAUGAAGUUAUUUUCAGACUUUUUACUGAUCUCUAUCAGAGGUGACAAUAAAUGUAGCUGGCACUGUGUAUAAUUUCCUUCAUUGAUUUCUGAAAAUGUGGUAUAUUGUGUAUUAAUGUAUUUUCAACUGAAUUAACAUGAACUUCACCAAUGUCCAGAAUCCAGUGUUUAAACUCUUUUCUGACUGCUGACUGUAAUUGUUAACCUAAACAUCAGAAAUAGUUGUACAUUCACCAAAUUUCAUUUUCUGUACUCUUGUGUUUGACCGAAACCUUCUAACUGCUGUUUUUGCUUCUAUUGUAAAAUGUAUGCAGUGGCAAUGCCAGCAGCUUCUGUACUCCAUAAUAUAAUAUAGUUGUAAAAUGUUAGUUUUGAGGAUAUCAUUCAUAAGGUUUUUACAGUUUUUACCUAUGUUUAAAUACAAACACUGCUGAAGACUAAAGUACAGCAUAUUUGAAUUUGAUGACGUUUUUGAGAUUUACCACAAAAGUUACUCAGUAAUAAUAGUGAUAACUAUAACGUUUUCCUUCUUUAUUUUGUCGCAAUCACAGAAACGUUUACUUAUGUUUGAUUAUUUUUCUUUGUUCAGUUAAUUGUCUCCUGUAUUCUCUGAUAAAAAUGGUUUCACUUGUGUUUAAAGUAAAUAAACAAUGCAUCCAGGUUUGAUAACUGUUA